UAUACCCGGCCAUAUCCAUCUCCAGAGUUCCAUCCUCCGCCAACUAAAUAUAUUAAGCCUAGUGGCUUCCACGUAGCUGGGAGGUGUGAGGUCCGGAAUGGAGAUAUCCUACGCCACCUCCAGCUCUCCGGACAUCCCGAUCGGCACCGGCGUAGUCCGGCGGGCAAGGUUGACACCCGUCGAUCACCCGUCGCGGCCUCCUUCCUCGGCUACACUCUUCUUCCGGUGGAGGUCUAGAGUCGGUAGCAUGACGGCGGUCGAGUUGCUGGAGCUGCUGCUCCCAUGCAUCCGGUGGAUCCGCAACUACCGCUGGCGAGAGUAUCUCCAGAUGGAUCUCGUGGCCGGUGUCACCGUCGGUGUCAUGCUCAUCCCUCAGGCAAUGUCAUAUGCGAAGUUAGCUGGGCUUCAUCCAAUUUAUGGCCUCUAUUCUGGUUUUGUUCCAAUAUUUGCCUAUGCUAUAUUUGGCUCGUCCCGUCAGCUUGCAAUAGGCCCUGUCACAAUGGUCUCCCUCUUAGUUUCAAAUGCUGUGAGUGCCAUUGUUGAUUAUCCCUCAGACGAGCUUUACACAGAGCUUGCUAUAUUAUUGGCAUUCAUGGUUGGCGUAGUAGAAUGUAUAAUGGGGCUGCUGAGGCUUGGUUGGCUUCUCCGUUUCAUCAGCCGUUCUGUAAUUUCUGGCUUCAUUACUGCUUCAGCCAUUGUAAUCGCGCUAUCUCAAACCAAAUACCUCUUAGGAUACAACAUAGAUAGGAGCAGUGAAAUUGUACCACUUGCGAAAAGUAUUAUUGCUGGUGCUGAAAAGUUCUCAUGGCCCCCCUUUGUAAUGGGAUCUACCAUUCUUUCAGUUAUCAUCCUCAUGAAGCACCUGGGGAAAACAAAAAAGAAUUUGAGAUUCCUUCGUUCAUCGGGACCACUUCUAGCAGUCAUAUUGGGUACAUCUUUCAUGAAAAUCUUUCAACCAUCUUCAAUUUCUGUGGUAGGUGAAAUACCGCAGGGCCUUCCAAAAUUCCAUAUUCCUAGAGAAUUUCAGUAUGCACGAUCUCUAAUAUCGGCUGCAUUCCUCAUUACAAGUGUGGCGGUUUUGGAAUCUGUGGGGAUAGCCAAAGCUUUGGCAGCAAAGAACGGGUAUCAAUUGGACCCAAAUCAAGAGCUGUUUGGUCUUGGCAUGGCCAAUAUCUGUGGUUCAUUCUUCUCUGCAUACCCUUCUACAGGCGCUUUUUCUAGGUCUGCUGUAAAUCAUGAUAGUGGGGCAAAAACUGGAUUAUCUGGGGUUACAAUGGGAUUGACAGUGGGAUGUGCUCUUUUUUUUCUGACACCAUUAUUUACGGAUAUACCUCAGUGUGCACUUGCUGCCAUCGUGAUUUCUGUUGGCAUAAGUCUAGUGGAUUAUGAGGAGGCCUUGUUUUUGUGGCAUGUGGACAAGAAAGAUUUCCUUCUCUGGACUAUCACCUGCAUUACAACAUUGUUCCUUGGAAUUGAGAUUGGUGUGCUUGUUGGGGUAAGCUCCUCCCUUGCAUGCGUCAUCCAUGAAUCAGCAAAUCCACAUAUCGCUGUCUUGGGGCGGCUUCCUGGGACUACCGUUUACAGAAACAUCGAACAGUAUCCUGAAGCAUAUAUACAUGAUGGAAUUGUUGUUGUUCAAAUUGAUGCACCGAUCUACUUUGCAAAUGUCAGUUACAUCAGGGACAGGCUACAAGAGUAUCAAACCACAAAGUAUGGACCAGAAGCCGAAAGGGUUUAUUUCGUGAUCAUCGAAAUGGCAUCUGUUCCAUAUAUUGACUGUAGUGCUGUUCAAGCUCUCAAGGACCUGCAUCAAGAGUACAAAUCACAAGAAAUCCAGAUUGUAAUUUCCAAUCCAAAUCGAAAAGUUCUGCUAACUCUCUCAAGAUCAGGACUUGUUGAAAUGAUUGGCAAGAACUGGUAUUUUGUGAGCGUGCAUGAGGCUGUCGAAGCUUGCCUCCAGGAAAUGCCGAACUUGCAUGGGACAAUAUCAAGGCUAGUGGGAAAUUCGACUGCCUGUGGGCAACCAAAUUUCCUCCAAAAGUUAUGGAAACAGCAAAGUGGAGAUGACUCCCCUCUUGGUCAAGAGCCUUUGCUGCCUGAAAACGUGAUCUGAGUGUCGUCUCUCUAUUGGCUUAUUUUUUGCUGGUUCGGUCUGUGAUAUCCUAUGUACAUAAACAAUAUGAAGAAUUAUUUUUCACAAGAGAAACUAAGAGUGUUAUGGCCUUCUCGAGUACAAUACUUCAUGCUGGUGACAAGUUGGAUGGGGUUCUAUAACUCAUAAUGGAAGCCUUGAGAUCCUAGGACUGAAAUCAGCUUUCUCAGAAAGAACUGAUUCCGCAACAGAGCCAGUGGCUAAUGGCCUUGAAACUACUCACCUUCAUAUCUUGGAUAUCCCUGAUUGUUUGUUUUCGAAGUUUUACAGGCUUAAGAUUUAGGCUGGCAGACUCUUGCUUCAUGGUUUGUGAUUAGUGGGUCCUUCAUAAUUUGUGUCAUCUUACAGUUGAUUGUGGAUGGGCUGUCAGCUAUCAGAUAAGAAUGAGAACUUAAAGCCAUUUUGUAGAAAGCCUCGAGGCUCCAACAAAUGUCUAGAAAUUUGUAUAGGAUUCUCAGCUACUUAUGGAUUAAACCUUAUGUUGUAUAGAAGGCCAUUAAUACCCACCUGUGAAUGAUCCUGUAAAUGAACUUAAACCUUAUUUUUGACACUUGUGUAGAUUGAGAUUGUUCAUUAUUUUUACUACUGCACUUCUUGGACAA